GCCGGAAGUCCUCGCGCCACGGAAAGGAAGGCGUUUCCGGCUCCGGCGUCAUGGCUGACAGCGGCCCUGAGGAGGCGCCGGCCGCGGGCGGCGGGAAGAGGCAGCAGUUCGGGAGCCGGUUCCUGAAGGACCCGGCGCGCGUCUUCCACCACAAUGCCUGGGACAAUGUGGAAUGGUCGGAAGAGCAGGCCGCGGCGGCGGAGAGGAAGGUCCAGGAGAACAGUUCUCAGCGCGUGUGCGCGGAGAAACAAGUUGAUUAUGAGAUCAACGCACAUAAAUACUGGAAUGACUUCUACAAAAUCCAUGAAAAUGGGUUUUUCAAGGAUAGACAUUGGCUUUUUACUGAAUUCCCUGAGCUGGCACCUAGCCAAAACCAAAAUCCUGUGAAGAGUGGAAUGCCUGAAAGCAGAAGCAGCGAGGGCGGACCUGGGUCAGCAGCAGAACAGCACGAGCGUUCUUGGAACAGCUUUGGCCAUGAAACGCAGCUGCCUCCUGUGCAGGAGAGCGUGGCUCAGCAACUCAGCCGCCUGGACAUUGGUGCAGAUGAGUUUCCUGGAUGCUCAGCCACCUACCGAAUACUCGAGGUUGGUUGUGGUGUAGGAAACACAGUCUUUCCAAUUUUACAAACUAACAACGACCCAGGACUCUUUGUCUACUGUUGUGAUUUUUCUUCCACAGCUGUGGAGCUGGUCCAGACACAUCCGGAAUAUGAUCCUUCCCGGUGUUUUGCCUUCAUUCAUGAUCUGUGUGAUGAAACUCAGAGUUACCCAGUGCCUGGAGGCACUCUUGAUGUCAUCAUCCUCAUAUUUGUUCUGUCAGCAAUUGUUCCAGACAAGAUGCAGAAGGCCAUCAGCAGGCUGAGCAGACUCCUGAGGCCAGGAGGGAUGAUGCUUCUGCGAGAUUAUGGCCGCUACGACAUGGCUCAGCUUCGAUUUAAAAAAGGUCAAUGUCUGUCUGGAAAUUUCUAUGUGAGAGGUGAUGGCACCAGAGUUUACUUCUUCACACAGGAUGAACUGGACACACUGUUCACCACUGCUGGACUCGAGAAGGUUCAGAACUUGGUCGAUCGCCGACUGCAGUGUGUAGUUUGGAAAUUCAAAUUCCUGCCUGGGCAGCCGUGCCUGAUACCUGCAGAGGCGACUACAGGUUUCAUUAAAGUCAUCAGGAGAGCAGCUUGAAAGAAUCCAGUCUCCGGUCUGUCUCGGGAUGUUCCUGACCCAAAAGUGUCCCUGGAAAGAGCAUCUUGUUAAGUAAUUGCUCAUGAUCUCCCUUUAAAUUUUAAUUCCAUUGAUUUUAAACACCAUUCCCUCUUAAAUCUGUGUCUAAACAACAAAAAGGGUCUUCUCUUUUAACAAAGUAGCUUGUUGUGCCCUUAAAUGAUCCACAGAAGGAAGUGAGAGAACUACUUAAUUUGGGCCACAUCACUUCAGCCAGGAGCUGAGAUUGCAGUCCAGGUCUCAUGUGAGUGGCAGAGCCUCAGCCCCGUGAGCCGUCCCCUGCUGCUCUCCAGGGCCUGCAGUAGCAGGAGGCUGGAGUCAGGAGCCAGAGCCGGGAAUCAGUCAGGCACUUGAAUGUGGGAUACUGCUGUAAUAACCACCAGGCUGCACACUCCACUCCACGUCUGAGCGUGGUUGUCAUCAGCAUCAGAUACUUUAUGUGGUCUGCCUCUAUUUAUUUUUUAAGAUUUAUGUAUUUAGUUACACAGAGGGACAGACAGAAAACUCAUCCAUCCACUGGUUCACUCCCCAAAUGUCCACAACAGCCGGACUGGGCUGAUCCAGAGCCAGGAGCUUCCUCCAGAUCUCCCAUGUGGGUGCAGGGGCCCAAGCACUUGGAUCAUCCACCACUGCUUUCCCAGGCCAUUAGCAGGGAGCUCAAUCCGAAGUGAAGCAGUUGGGACUCAAUCCAGCACCAAUAAGGAUGCCGGCACCUCAAGUGAAGGCUUAACUUAGUAUGCCACAGCACUGGCCCCUCUGUUUUUUUGUUUGUUUUUUAAUAUUUAUUUAUUUUAUUUGAAAGUCAGAUACUAAGAGAGAGAGAGGGAAUCUUCCAUCCACUGGUUCACUUCCCACAUGGCUGCAAUGGCCAGGGCUGAGCCACGCCAAAGCUAGAAGCCAGGAGCUUCAUCCAGGUCUCCUGUGUGGGUAGCAGGGGCCCAAACACUUGGGCCGUCCUCCGCUGAUUUCCUAGGCCAUUAGCAAGGAUUUGGACCAGAGUGGAGCAGCCAGGACACAAACUAGUAUCCAUAUGGCAUCACAGGCAGUGGCUUUACCUGCACUUUACACCAUAAUGCCAGCCCCAUGAUCUGCUUUUUUUCUAUUAUCAUUCCAUAUUUCCCACUUGAUACGUACAGUUAUAUAUUCUUAGAAUUUUCAGUUCUUCAUUCCUAUAUUUUGGGUUUUCAGAUCAAAUAUUCACCUACUUUAUUAUUUUCAGCUAUACAUGUGAAAACAGGGGCAAGGCAAGCAAUUUUUCUCCUUAAUCUAAAAUUUCAGAAAAUAGGGAUAAUUUCCACAAAGAAUAGAAUUAAGAUUCAAAGUGAUGGCUGCUUUUACCUUUUAAAAAACAAUUUUUUAAGCCAGUGCCGCGGCUCACUAGGCUAAUCCUCCGCCUUGCGGCGCCGGCACACCGGGUUCUAGUCCCGGUCGGGGCACCGGAUUCUGUCCCGGUUGCCUCUCUUCCAGGCCAGCUCUCUGCUGUGGCCCGGGAGUGCAGUGGAGGAUGGCCCAAGUCCUUGGGCCCUGCACCCCAUGGGAGACCAGGAUAAGUACCUACCAUCGGAUCAGCGCGGUACGCCGGCCGCUGCACGCUGGCCGCGGCGGCCAUUGGAGGGUGAACCAAUGGCAAAGGAAAACCUUUCUCACUGUCCACUCUGCCUAUCAAAAAAAAAAAAUUUUUAAGUUGAUAUUUUCUGAAAUGCAGAAAGACCUUGGCUUACUCCCCAGAUACCCACAGCAGCUAAUGCUGUGCCAGGCUGGUACCAGGAACUUCAUCCAGGUUCCCACAGGGGCAGAAGGGACCCAGGUACUUAGCAUCACCUGCUGCCUCCCAGGCUUUACAUUAACGGAAGUUAGAAUAGGGAGCAGAGGCACCCAGGGAGCAGCUUAGCCCACUCUACAAUCUCCACCCUUGAAAAAUGUUUUAUUUUUCAAUAAUUCAGACUUGCAGAAAACCUGCGGGAACCUUGCAGGAACAGUCGAAGAAUUUUUUUUCGUGAACCAUUUAAGCUGCAAGGGGAUGUCGGAAUACCCCUGUGUAUUUUGAUAGGUGAUUUCUGUGACUGCAGACCUCCUGCAUUAUCAUAUAUGAGGGUGUCCCUCACAAGCAGGAAUUCAUGAGAACAUUAGCACUGUUCAGGUUUGCCCAGUGGCCUCAAUGAUGUCCUUGUCACAUGCACAUGACGCAGUGCAUUUAAUGGUUACGUCUCAGACUGCAGUUUGGAACAGUCUGGCUUGUUUUGUAACCUUGACAUUUUAAGAUUACAGGCUAUUUUGUAAACUAUCAAGCAGAGUUUGCUGAUUUGCCUCAGAUUAUGGAUUUUUAACAGGAAUAUCAGAGCGUUAGGAGAUAGGUGACUGAAUUUUUCCAUUAAUGGUGACGUCACUUAAUUGAGAGGGUGUAAGGUUUGUUUGUUUAUUUAUUCAUUUAUUUACUUGUUUGAAAGAGAGAAAACCUUCAAUCAGUAAAUAGUCAGGUUCCCAUGACCUUGAAUGCAGUCAGUCGCUGGGUCAGUCCUUUGCAUUACCAGUCUGGUCGCCACCACUGCCCUCCUCACCUCUCUUGGGCACUGACGCCCAUACCCAGCCACUGUUCCCAUCGCUCCCUCCACACCUUCCUCACCCUGCACUGGGUCCCCCAGGCCGGAGCUGCCAGCCCUCUGCCCCGGGUUGUCCUCUCCUUUGCUUUCCUCCCCCUGAGGGGCUUCCGAAGGAGGCUGGCAAGAAGGAAGCUCACACCUUUCCUUAAUCAAGUUUACUUAAAGCCGGAAAGUGAUCAGGGGGUGACGUCACCUUUGCCUUCUGAAAGGAAGAAUGGUUGUAUUCAGUUCAGUGAUCCACUAGAGACCAUCCUUUGGCAUCUUGCAAGCAUUCCAAAGCAACAGGAAUAGUUUAUAUUCCAUCCUCCUGGCACCUGGCUUGGGCUUUGGGCUUAGGAAAGAUGAGCCUUUUCCUGCCUCUGCUCCAUUUCAUUCCCUGCCAUCUGCUAAGCUCUCUGACAUUUUAUCUGCCAGGCAGAGUUGAGCCCUGUAAGGGCCUUUGCAUAAUGUUGCAGCCUCCCAGUGGCUGAUGGCAGGCAGAGGACAUGACACAAUGGCCGGAGUGGGUGAACGUGUGGAGUCAGUGCCUCUCCAGAAAACACGGGCUGCCUGGACCGUCAGUCUGACUCAAGGCUGUCUGGUGUUCUUAAAGCCAACAAGGUGAUGGGCUUGGGAGGCGGCUGCAGGUGCGAAGCUGCUCAGGAGGUUGUAUGGCUUAGCGGCGGCCCUGGAAGAGAAGUGUAUUGGAAACUGACAUCUUCCCAAGUGCGGGCAGUUUAAGGAGAUAAAUCAGUGUUUCUUGAAAAGUGAUGAUUCAAUUUGAGACAGGUACAGUGGAGCUUUUCUUUUCUUUCUUUCUUUUUUUUUU